UUGUCCCUGUCUUUUGCACCAUCUAAACUUGCUGCUGUAGCUUAUGUAAAUUAGACUGUCUACAGUUCAGAGUUGAUUUAAAAAUGUGUUGUCUUUCAUACAAUUUUCACCAUCCUGCUUUAACACACCGGGCCGGACCUGACCCCAUUAACCACUUUGUCCUUGCUUUAAACAGGGUUUCUGUAGUUGCCGUGGUGACAAUGACCUUGCAGCACAUUACCAUUGCACUGCAGCAUAAGGUGUUGUGUGAACAAGGAACAAGAAGCUCAAAUAAACAGAGGGGGCUGAGACAGUGGUCGAUUUAAAAUGAGGACAGCUUUUAUUAAAAGCUAUUUUGACAAGGUUUUUUUUUUUAGGUUACAUGACACUCUUGGUGCAUCUCACAGAGACGGUGAGCACAUUUCUUAGAAGAAAAAAAGAUGUGGGGUUAGAGAAAAAGCUAAAAACACUGAGGCAUAUGGGUGAAGAAGAAAAGGAGAAGAGGUGGGGAUCAGAGAAAGAUAAAUGAGGAGGGAUGAGAGAUGUCAAGACAGAAUCACAGCGGGGCCAGGAGAGCUCUGAAAUGGAACAAAAUUCUGCUUUUCUCCCUCUGAUUCCUCUGUUCUGUUGUACCUGCCAGUUAUCGCCUUGUUUCAACCUUUGGUACCAGACACCGACCUCUGUCUCUCACCAACUUGUACUAAUUGCCCCAGUUUGCCUCCCAUCACUCUUCUUCUAGCCUCCAUCCUUCCCUUGUCAACACCACUGGCCCUUCUUUGCUCUAUUUGUCUCUCCCUGCCUCCCCCUCCCUUCCUCUUGAUGCUCCUAUCAGUAUAAAGGGCAGCUCAGGCCGUAUAUAGAUGAUAUCCCGGUCAGCCGGUGAUGUGGUGUAAUACGAAACUUACAGCAUCUGCUUUUUGCUGGUGCACUCAGCACCCUUUAACCUCUCGGAUUACUGAAUUUCCCUUCUCUCCCUCUAUCUUUCCGACUCUUUUUUUCUCGUUCCUUUCCAUCAAGGUGCAAAAGCUACACCGACAAUCAGCCUCCAAACAUUCAGGAGUCAAAGCUUCAAAAUCUGAUUCCGAUCUCUUCACAGAAUUUGAAACACUUAAGGAAUGUCUGAAGUGCAACUCACUGCCUAAACAAACAUCACCCCCACACCCAGCGCCCACUAACAGAUUAGAGUUUACGCUGCAACUCACUUGGGGAUCUCGUUUUUGAAACAAAUUGUUUUCUUUUACUCUCACUAAGUUUUGACCAUUUUUUUUCACUGUUGUUUGUGCUCCAAAGGUCAACCACAGGAAAUCAACAAUAGAGGAACCUGAGUUUUUGGCUUUCUUCCCUUCACCCAAACAUUUUCCCCCCAAAGGAGUCAUUUAAGAGAGAAGUGCCUUCUUUCGUCGACCCUGAUGGCUGUUUGGCUCGACUGAAGCCGCCUCUGUGCCUGUCCAUGUCUGCUGGAGUUUCCAGCUAUACCAGGAUCCGCAGGACUGCCAACACCACCUGCUGAGCCAGUCCCCACAACAUUGACACCUCCCUGCUCUGCCCCAUCUCUUGCUCUGUCUGCCAUCCAUACCACUCAGUCCUUCUCUGUGGAUGUCAACAGAUCCUUGGCCCUUCUCUGGCUGACGACAGAAAACUUUUAUCGCCUCCUUUAAGCGAAAGCCUCCUCUCUGUGCCCUCCACCACAGCCUUCUCCGCCCUCUCUUUUUACUCCUUCUUCUCCUCUCUCCUGCAUCUUUUCAUCAUGGGCCAAACCUGAUCAAUAAUGCGUUGUGCCAUUCGUCUCGUCUGACAGUUCAGCCGAGGAUUGAGGCAAUAGAGAGAACCAGUCUGAGAGCGUACUUGAGUGAAAAAACGACAGAGAGGAAGAGAGAUUACGAAGCCAAACCUCUGUGGCCGUCCCCAGCCCCGGCCCUGGGUGACAGACGUUGAAGGAUUCCUGUCAUAGCCACAAACAGACUCUUAGGAUGGGCUGCGGGUGGUAGGCCUCCUAGCCUCCUAGCCUUCACCUCAGAUUCAUGCCCUAGGGGGGAAAAAAACCUCUUAAAACCAACUUUCUCCCAUGUCCUUUCCCUGUUCUUCCUCCUCAUCUGUCUUAGUGCCAUUAGCAUCACACAGGCUCACACAUAAUCACAUUUCCUGGAUAUCUGUUCCUCCUUCGCAUCGACCCCUCCUGCCUGGUCCGAAAUGGCGGUGAAUGUGACACCGAUGCGGGACACAAAGUGGCUGACGCUGGAGGUUUGUCGGGAAUUCCAGAGAGGGACGUGUUCCCGGCCGGACAGCGAGUGCAAGUUCGCCCACCCUGCCAAGAGCUGUCAAGUGGAAAACGGCCGAGUCAUUGCCUGUUUUGACUCACUCAAGGGCCGCUGCUCCAGAGAGAACUGUAAGUACCUGCACCCUCCUCCCCACCUAAAGACGCAGCUGGAGAUCAAUGGUAGGAACAACCUCAUCCAGCAGAAAAACAUGGCCAUGCUGGCACAGCAGAUGCAGCUCGCCAACGCCAUGAUGCCCGGCACACAGUUACAGCCAGUGCGACACACACUUAUGUCUCCAGACCUUGUGACAGGACAUAAUUCUUCUUCUGGAGGGCAGAGAGUCCACGCCAUUCUUCCAGAUUUUCUGAGUCAUCCCGGCGCAGAGUGGAGUUUUUUUGGGAGGAAUCCCAUGUUUUCAGUCACACCCAGCCUUGCAACCAACAUGAAUGCUGCUGCUGCGGCGGCCGCUGCGUUUAACCCCUACCUUGGCCCCGUGUCGCCUGGCCUGAUGCCCGCUGACAUCAUGCCCAGCGCCCCUGUACUGGUCACCAGCAAUCCCAACGUCCCUGUACCAGCUGCAGCUGCUGCCGCUGCACAGAAACUCAUGAGGACGGACAGACUGGAGGUAUGUCGGGAAUACCAGCGGGGGAACUGCACACGUGGGGAGAACGACUGCCGUUUUGCCCACCCUUCAGACAGCACUAUGAUUGACACCAACGACAACACAGUCACUGUGUGUAUGGACUACAUCAAGGGCCGCUGCUCGAGGGAGAAGUGCAAGUACUUUCACCCUCCGGCUCACCUGCAGGCCAAGAUCAAAGCGGCCCAGCACCAAGUCAACCAGGCUGCAGCCGCUGCAGCCAUGACUCAGUCGGCUGUCAAAUCACUGAAGCGACCCCUCGACGCAACCUUUGAUCUGGGGCUCCCUCCUGUUUUGCCUCCUUUACCAAAGAGACCUGCACUUGAAAAAGCCAACGGUGCCACCACUAUGUUCAACGCUGGUGUAUUCCAGUACCAACAGGCCCUGGCCAACAUGCAGUUUCAGCAGCAGGCAGCCUUCAUACCAUCAGGCUCGAUAUUGUGCAUGACACCUGCAACAAGUGUUGUUCCCAUGAUGCACGGUGCUACUCAAGCCACUGUGUCUGCAGCCACCACAUCUGCCACAAGUGUUCCCUUUGCAACCGCAACAGCCAAUCAGAUUCCUAUAAUAUCUGCAGACCAUCUGACUAGUCACAAGUAUGUGACCCAGAUGUAGGAGUCUCGAUCAGAACAAUGGAACUGCAGCGUGCUGACGUUCAGUCUAAGAUUAGCGAUCACCCUUCGCGUCUUGAACAUCGGGGGCAUAAAACGGAGAACCAAAUCUGAAGUGGUUUGGAAUAAAUCUGCAUGUUAACAUAGGAGGCACAGUUUGUUAGGAUUGUUUUUCAUCAUGCACACUCUUACAUAACAACAGUAAUGAACAUCAUUCGCAUCAAAGACUGCCUUUCACUCUGUAGAGGCAACUUACCUUUAUUCACCGGACACACUUUGAAUGUCAACAUGAGGCAAAUGUGCGGAGCAGUCAUCAAAAAAAAAAAAAAAAAAAAAAGCGACUGGAUUGGUACGUCCAUUGAUCAGGAAUCAUGACUUUGUGUUUCUGUGUUUCUUCAUUGGUUGUCAUCUUUGACCUAAAUGUGUUCAUUUGUUUACACAAAGGUGCACCUUGUAUGUAAUUUGAGGAAGAAGAAACGGAUAAUCUGACUGAAUCACAUAUGCAUGCACAAUUUUGUUUCUUAUUUCAUUUUGUUCAACCAGUGAUAAUAAGGGACUUAUAGUACGGUACACUCAGAGGCCCAAAUGUUCAGCUACUGAAUGUCUGCGAGGUGUCUUUAAACCUUUGUAGCCUACCUAAGCACACGUCUUUCACCCUGCAGGCGUACCUGUGAAGUGCCAUAAAUCUCAAAACACAUGAAACGUAUUGAAGCAGUGUAACAAAUAAUCAACAAUACCCUUUAAAAAUGUCUUACUUUCUCUCUUGGACAGCAUGAAGUGUCUACUUGACCUGUCACUCCCAUAGCAAAACUGCUAAUUGGAAACCCAAGAUUGUCUCAUUUAGAUGAGUGUUUUACUGAAUGAAUAGUUUUUCCCUCCCCAGCAGGUUAGAUAUAGAUCUCUGGGUGUUCAAAAUGUGUAUCGUCUCUAAAAGUCAGAUGUUGUAUGUGGGGUCUAGGCCUAAGAGAUUGACCAAAGACUCCCCUAAGGAUGACCAUGUUACGAUGAAUAGCUUCAAAACAACAGGGCUAUAAGUUGGUAUUCAAACUGCUGUGAGACACAAGUCGAAAUCAAAGGUGCAACUGGUGUGAUUUUUCAUUUUGUAUGGUUGUUCAUAUUUUCAAGCAGGUUGUCAAUGUAGAUCUAGUGUUUGAGUGUGUAUAUAUAGUCGGACAUAUUUAAGAAUAUUUCUUUAAUACCAGAGAACUGUUUCAGAUAGUCAGCCAAAGUCUUAUUGUGUCAUUGUCACUAGAUAUCGUGGGUAGACUAGGGGGGAAGAAAAAUGUUUUUCAAGAAAAUGUAUGGGUUGCAGCCCCAAAAGAAAGAUGGUGUUUAAGAGUAGAUCUCUAGAACUCUUUGUUUUUCGUCGUGUUCUGGGUGUGCUUCUGGCAUAUUUUCAAUCUGUGGAUAGUACAGGGAAGGUGGCGAGAAUAAAAACGAUUGUAUUACUCAUCCAAAGCCUUAGAAUGUACCAUCGGGUCAGCACAAUGCAACAUGCCAUUUUGAACCAUCCAGUUGCCUAAUCCACGCCAUAUUAACACACACACAUACACACACACACACACACACACACACACACACACACACACACACACACACACACACACACACACACACACAGAGCACUAUGUAUACGUCACUUUUUUGUCAGUGUUUUCUUAACUGUCUUGUAGGUUUUCCUUAGAUUAGGAGUGUUUCACUUUUUUUUUUUUUGGAUGACUUUUUGAUAUUUAGUUCUGACUUUUAGUUUUGCAUAUUAUAUUUAUCUUUCUAAAAAAGAAUAUAAGAUAAAAGUGUGUCUUUAUGUGUGUUCCUCAUGCACAGUUUCCUGAAAUUCCAUGUGUUGUUGAUUUGAGUAUGAUUAUGAUUGUAAACUCAAUAUUUUCUACGUUAUGCAUAUUGUUGAACUGUAUGCAUACUGUUCAUUUCUCUAGUUCUCUUUUGUGUUCUUUGAACAAAGAUGUUUUAUAUGAGUAUAACAGUGAUGAAAUAACAGAACAGAGAGGCUAAGUUGUCACUGUGGCAACCGUUGCCGAUAACCGAGUAAUAUUUUAAUGAUUGUAAGGUUUGUAACUAGUCAUAUAAGAAAAAAAAAGACUAUUAUUAUAAAAAAUCUAGUUCUUAGAUGUUUAGAGUAAAGAUGUUAUUUUCUACUGUAUCCAUUUCAAAUAGUAACUAUUGUUUUAAGAUUUUUACUCUCCCUGGAAAUUGGGCCAUGUUGGAAAACAAGCUGCAUAUUUGAUCACUUUUUCGGGAGCGUUGCUGACGGGGUCAGGUGAACGAGGUGAGUAGGGGAACCGAGUGUGCACACUCAUCUCUUACUCAGCCAUCUGCAAAAACACAAAAGGGUCGGGUGGGGAAUCUGGAGGUGAUAAAGGUGAUAAAGGUUGACUUUUUUGCACUUCUGUACAUAGUCAAAAAAGAGAGAAUCAUGUAUAUUGAGAUCUUAUUUUGAAUAAAAAAAAAAUAACGUCUAUAACGACAAGGAAUUUUGCUAGGAUAACAAAAAAAAAAAUCUUAUGAAAGGCUGAACAAAAUUGCUUGCAUCAAAAAGGGCACUGAGUUCUCACUCUCCGACCCCUUUCAGAAAAGGCCAAGUGUUGCUCUUCUUUUUCGUCAGCAGCUUGUAGUUUGCCAGGUAACCUUCCGGAAAGGAGGCAUUCACUGACCUCCAGCGUGAGGGCCUAGCUGGGUUUGUCUGGUCCCCAUUACCUGCCUGUACCAACAGGUCUGUGUGUCAUGGCCACGCCCUCCCAGGCCCAACCAAUCACAACACGUCCUGUCUCUUUACUUUACUCAAAGAGGAAUGCAUGUUAGAGGAAAUACAUAUACCAUUUAAAAAAAAGAAUCACCACAGUAAUACUGAAUAAGAAAACAUGUUACAAUGAAAGAUGUAUUUACAGUAUACAAUAUUCUAUCAAUGUAAUGGAAUAAAAUAUAUAUAAAAAAUACAAAAAUAGAAUAGUGGUUUAUUAAAAAAAAAAAAAAAAAAAAGAUAUCUGAAAAUAUACUCACUAAAGUUUUACCACUUGGGGAGUUAAAAUACAUGCAACACAAACACCAUAGCUAUAAGUAUGUUCUUUAUUUUUAUGUAAGCUGUGCUUCUAGUAGAUGAAUCUGACCGAACAGGAAUAUAUUUCAACAUCAGGCAGAAUCUUGAAAAUCCUUUCAGACUGAAAUACAGUUUUGUGGUUUGGUCAUAGAGUCAUUAGUUUGAAGUAUCGUCCUGAAUGUCUUAGUCAUCUCUCAUCUCCUACAAGCAAGCAUGCUUACGUUUAAGAUAUAAUGUAAACGGAGCUUUUUUUUUUUUCAUUUGUUGUUUGUUUUCUCUGCUUGUAGUGCUGAUAUGAUGUAUUCUGUCUUCUGCUGCAGUUUGUUUCUGCUUGUUUUACUGCUGCAGGCCCCCUGAAAAAGAUGUGUCAUGCUUGCAUGCCGACCACCUCUUCUGAAAAGCAUCUGUAGAGACAAACCCCUCUGAAUGUAGAUGUCUAAAGCCAUAAAAUAUAAUCUCAUUAGGAUGAAAUGUGUUGACAGGAAACAGAAAUGAAACAGAGGUGGGGAACUUUACCAUGUGAAGCUGGUAGGAAUGUGUUUGCUGAGGUUUUGUUAACUACAACAUCAUGUUGUAAUUAAAGUCAUGAAUGUGGCUAAUAUAACCUGUAGUAUUCUGUGCCAACUUGAGUGGAUGUGUUUGGUUAAGGAAGAAAAAGUCCUUGACACAUUUUUUCAUGGGGCCUGCAUUGCUAUAUUUGAUUCUUGCUGUUAUGAAUAAAAAAUGUAAUAAAAAAAUUACAAUGAAA